AUGCCUACCCACGGUGUCGGUUUCGAGUAUCCUCCAAAGGAGGUGAGCUGGACGAAGCGGGAUGCCCUCCUCUUCGCCAACUCGAUAGGGUGCACGGCGCAGGAGCUUCACUUCCUCUAUGAGCUGGACCCGAACUUCUCCGUAUUCCCCACGUAUCCCGUCAUCCUCACUUUCAAGGGCACCAACCAAGACGUGAUCGACUUCUACGCGGCCGAGAAGGCGGUCGCCAUCCCAGGCGUGCCGGCCUUCGACGCCACGCGCGUCGUAGACGGCCAGCGGCUCCUGCAAUCCUUCAAGCCACUGCCGCCAAGCUCCGCGGGCCGCAAGUUCGAGGUGCGCACCAAGGUGCUGGGCGUCUACGACAAGGGCCGCCCGGGCACCGUCGUCGAGACGCAGUCCGACCUGGUCGACGCCGGCACCGGCGACGUCUACACGCGCGUCAUCUCGUCGUCCUUCUAUGUCGCGCAGGGCAACUGGGGCGGGCCCAAGGGCCCUGCAACGGUCAACUUCCCGGCACCCCAGGACCGCAAGCCCGAUGUGGUUUUCGAGAACCAGACCACCGCCGAGACCCCGCUGCUGUACAGGCUGAACGGCGACUACAACCCGCUGCACGCGCACCCGGAGCCGGGGAAGAAGAUGGGGUUCGGCGGCGUGAUUAUCCACGGGCUGUACUCGUGGAACUGGGCCGCGCACGGCCUGCUGCAGCAUCUUGGCGGGAGCGACCCGGCGAAUCUGAAGGAGUACCAGGCACGGUUUGCGAGCCCCGUCCGGCCGGGCGACAAGCUGGUCGCGUCGGCGUGGCGGACGGGCGAGAAGAAGGGCGAGUUCGAGGAGAUUCGGUUCGAGGUGAAGGUUGCGGGCGGCAAGGUGUGCUUGAGCAAUGGCCGUGCGCUGAUGAAGGUUGUUGACGGGCCGGCUCAGGCGAAGCUGUGA